UGCUCGCUUCUUGUGGCCCGCACCUGCCACUUUUGCAUAAAAUAAUUAAUCGCUAACUGUUUAUACUGCCUGUAACAACCUUCUCCACUAGUUUGUCGCUGACCAACAAGAGCUAUCAAAGAUAAUACUCUCUCAGCGGUACUGACUCAGCGAUAGCCGCUUAUUUCAAAACGCGCGUGCGUGUUAUUUUGCUCUGGAUUUUCUCCGCGAGCGAGUGGCGCGUGUAAUCUCCCAUCGUCCUCACACACUCGCUCAUAGUCCAACGAUAAAACUAUCGGAACUAGGUACACACUCGUUUCCCGCUACUCGCCAACUUGUUUCUAGUUUCUAGCUUCAAUCGCUUCUCGUUCAUUCGUCAGCGGUGUGACAAUUGCCUAGCUUUUGCCACUUGCACUGUAGCAAAUUGUUGAAUAUUUUCGGUUACAACGACAGUAUGAUUUGAAUAUCAUUACCUAUUUAUGUGUAAAUAAAUGGUGUGAACAUGAAGAUAUUGUAAAAUUGUUGUUAUUAAUUUUAAUGUAUUUAUUAUUCACAGGUCUGAUCAGUAAGUUAAUGGGAAUGGUAAAUAAAGUUUUUUUGUUACGAUAAAGUUUUUUUGUUUGGCGUACCUUAGGUACGCCUACAUACUCAACGGAAUUAUUUGGUCUAAAGAUCCUAAUUGGAAAGGGAGAACCUACUUGCCAACUUAAAAAAUAUGAUGCUAAUGAAAACCUAAGAAACUAUUUCGAUCAUAUUUAUAGAAAAAAAACUUUGUCUCGUAUUUUCUUAAUAAAUAAAAAUCUGUCUGAACUUUAUUUAACAGCGCUAUCUAGUAAGAAACUGUUGAACUAUUUUUCCUAAGACACUUAUUUAAAAAGUAAUACCUACCACAGUUUAUGAUUAUAGGUUGUGAUCAUACAAUUAUUUUUUGGAAACAGGCAUUGCUACUUUCAACAUGUUAAAAACUCCAAAAAGUGUUCAUGUGCGUGUGUAAAGUCUUGCCUUGCUUUUUACGAACAAGCAACAUUAAUUUUGGGCGUUCUAUUAUUUUGAAAGCCAAUUUAGGUGAGAUCAAAGAGAGAUAUCAUCAGAGAAAGACACAAAAAAUCAAAGGCAGCCACGAGUUGCACUUACUCGCGAAGACUGCGAGAAUUCCACGCGGUAGGGUAAUUUACUUUCUAUGGAGAAAGCGUUGAAGCCAAUAAAUUGUGGUUGUGAACCAUUAAAGUCCUUAAAUAGGUUAGAACCUAAUCUUUAACUUUAAUAAUACAAAAAAUAUAUAAACACGCCGAGCUAGCCUUUUUUCAUUAUGCGUAAAUUAUAACCGCGACCUUUCUGUUUCCAGUUCAAAGAUUUAAAGAUUGUUUGUUGUCAUGUAAACAUGUAUGGCAAUUUUUAAAUGUUUUUUAAGGUAUUGUGUGCUAGAACUGUUUUCCUUUUGCGAGUUAUCAGUAUCUAUUGGCUUACGAACAAUGAAAGAAUAUAUAAAUUAACAACUUUUGUUUGUUUAACCUCGAGUAUUUUGUACUCAUGACAAAUUUAACAACGAUCAGGCCAUGGAUCAGGCAGGCUCAGGCAGAAACAACAUUCUGUAGUAUAGUUUGACGUAAGCAGUAAAGCAGUUACUUUUUAAACUUUAGUUUUAUCUCGCUCACGCAUCAGUUAAAUGGUAGAUUUGAGCGAAUCAGCAUUAUCGUACGAGUAUCGUAUGAUGUAGAAGACUCUUUACACGCAACGAUUUUCCUGCAUUUUUUGAUUAAUUUAAAUAGGAAAGGAGCGAUGUUGUUUGCGAAUAGUGAUGGUAGUCCGGUGAAAAGUGAUAGUCCGGUAUGAAAGACUAUACUCAAAUUGAAAAAUUUCUCAAGACAUUGUUGAUACUUACUUUUUUUGUUAUAGGCAACGAUAUUAAAUACCCUGUAUACAACAACACGAACGAAAUCGUGGCCAAAACCUGUACAAUCCACGCAGCUCCGUAAGAUGAUUGCGUUGACAAAAACAAUAUAAGGCAUUAUUUAAACAUUUAAAGUCACCUUUAAUGCAUAUAGUAUAACGUCUUAAUUAAAACGCAUGCGUCAAAGAGUUAUGACAGUUUGAAAUGCAAGCUCGUAAAAUUUUACGACUUAUUGCUAUAUGCGGAAGAAUAUAGACCUUAUUUCUUUGAUUUUACGCGCCCGAGCCCGAUCCACGGGGGGGAGGUGGGGGGUGAGCAGGGCAUAUGCCCAGAGCGGCGGCAAAAUUGACAUAGGGUCAACCGUAAAGUAAGUUACUAAAGAGCGUCGAAAAUCUUUGACCAGAACGGCCAAAUUUCUAGAUCGGGCCCUGCUACGCGCAAUUCUGAAUGUGCUGUUAGCAAUAAAUCAAAUACGGACCGCGAAGAAAAGAGACGGCUAUAUAACGAAAUAUCAGAUUAUAUUAAAAUUAACGAACAUUGAUUAGAUAGCUGUCGAAAAAACGACACUUUACUUACUAUAAGUAUUUUUCGCAUUUUUUCACGGAGCUAUGCGGCACUUGACUUUUCAACGGUUCGGGCAUGCCUGUGAUCCAAGAGUGCUAGAGUAGAGUCCAAGCACUUCUUGAUUGAGACACAUUUUUGCGCACGUCUUGUAUCUAGGGUAUUUAAUUUUAAUAUCGUUGGUUACAGUCCUCCAAAGUCCUCAUAAGUAAUUUUACUAAUAAUUUCAGUGAAAUUUAGUAAAUAAACUCACUAAUUCUAUUUUUAUGAUGACCAGUGCGUAGAUAUGAGAGUUCAUAUUUAAAAUAGGUACAUAUUAGCAAAACACUUAAAAAAACUUACAGAAAAAUAAUGUAUUAUAGUUAUGGUACUUACCUAUACAGUUUUGUAUAUUAUUGUAUAAUAUGUAGAUGUAGUAGGCCAAUAAAUAACUGUUUCUAAAAAAUCCGGUGUUUUUCUUAUUUAACGUGAGAGCGAAGGAAUAAGUAUCAUCGUAUACUGUUGGAUAAACAAAAAAAUUCACAUCUUAAAGUACCUAAGAACACAGUAUCCAAAUAUUGUUUAGUUAAUUAAAAGUAACAAUGAUUAUUGUUAAAAUUAUUCAUAAAUCACGAUAUCGUAUGGUGUAAACAUGUCCAAAUCAUUCAAUUUACUCGUUUUUGUCCGAAUCUCUCUCAACGCUUAAAUGAUUUCAGAAAUAAAUUCUGCUUUAAGAUGAGGAGAAGUUCAUCAUAAAUUAUUCAAUUACCAUACAUAGAUAUACUUUCCUACCUAAUUUUAUUGUGAUAUACCUGUAAUAUAUCGUAUUUUAUAUUAUUGAUUUAAUUGGUAGGUAUAGUAUGAAAUGGAGAUACUGCUGGCAAAUUCAAUUAAAAGUUUAAAGAUAAAUAAGAACACACAACAAAGCAAGUGAACAUUAUAGAGAGUGGAAAGGUUACUUUGCUAUUUGAAAAUACAUUUUGUGGGAGCAAAUCGUAUUUAUCAUUAACAGACAGUGCAGUCAGCCAUAACAAUAAAGCGACAAACAAUAAUUAUGAUUUUGAAAAUAAUCUUACAUUACGAAUUGAUAAUAUAAAAUGAAAUUGAUUCAAAAUUAUGUAUGGCAAAACGGAUAAAGUAUUAUCGCGAAGGUGAUUCAUUAUUUAAAUAUUCAUUCACAUUACCCGUAGAUAAUAACAACGAUUCGGACCGUAGCAUUGGUCAAUGACUUUACAAUACGUCAAAUGAAAUGUCAAAGUCUUGCUCUAAAAUAAAAAAAUACGAAAUGAAAACAAAUAGGCAAGAAAAAAUUAUUUACUAUUAAAUUUGAACGCUAUAAUCUUUAUCUAUAUGUGAGAGUAAAGUUAAUGUUCUUUUAAAAGUGAUUAUAAAAUGUAUCCCGCAAUGAGCGGUUUGUAUUCCGAAGGUCCUUACAGGCCUUCUAUGUCCCAGGGUACAGUGAUUCAUAGCCAAAGGUUUCAAGAGAAAGACUUCACCAUUGCUACACCUGAAGAGUUUGUGAGAAGAUUCCAAGGCACCAGGCCAAUUAAUAAGGUUCUAAUCGCGAAUAACGGCAUAGGUGCUGUGAAAUGCAUGCGGUCGAUCCGGAGAUGGUCUUACGAAAUGUUCAAGAACGAGAGAGCAGUUCGCUUCGUGGUCAUGGUGACUCCAGAAGACUUGAAGGCCAACGCGGAGUACAUCAAAAUGGCUGACCACUACGUGCCAGUUCCAGGGGGGUCGAAUAACAACAAUUAUGCCAACGUUGAGCUGAUCGUGGACAUUGCUGUCAGAACUCAAGUUCAGGCCGUAUGGGCAGGUUGGGGCCACGCCUCCGAGAACCCUAAACUACCAGAGUUGCUGCAUCGCGCCGGUGUAGUGUUUAUCGGGCCCCCUGAGAAAGCAAUGUGGGCUUUAGGCGACAAAAUCGCUUCGUCCAUAGUGGCACAGACUGCAGAAAUACCUACGCUGCCGUGGAGUGGAAGUGAUCUUACUGCCGAGUAUAACAGUAAGAAGAUAAAGAUUUCUUCAGAGCUCUUCGCUAAGGGAUGUGUUUCUACACCAGAACAAGGGUUGCAGGCUGCGCAGAAAAUAGGUUUCCCUGUCAUGAUCAAGGCUUCCGAAGGUGGCGGUGGCAAGGGUAUCAGGAAGGUGGAAAACCCCGAUGACUUCAGCAACAUGUUUCGACAGGUACAAGCUGAAGUGCCCGGAUCACCGAUAUUUGUCAUGAAGUUGGCAAAAUCAGCCCGCCAUUUGGAAGUACAACUCUUGGCUGAUCAGUAUGGUAAUGCCAUAUCUCUAUUCGGCCGCGACUGCUCCAUUCAAAGGCGGCAUCAGAAGAUCAUUGAGGAGGCACCCGCCGCUAUAGCUAAGCCCGAAGUCUUUAUAGAAAUGGAAAAGGCGGCUGUCCGUCUAGCAAAAAUGGUCGGCUACGUUAGCGCCGGCACGGUGGAAUACCUCUACGACCCAGCCACUAACUCGUACUUCUUUCUGGAAUUGAACCCGAGACUGCAGGUGGAGCACCCUUGCACGGAGAUGGUCGCCGAUGUAAAUCUACCCGCUGCGCAGUUGCAGAUAGCAAUGGGCCUCCCCCUCUACCAUAUAAAGGACAUCCGUCUCUUGUACGGGGAAUCCCCGUGGGGCAUGACAGCCAUAGACUUGGACACGCCCAAACAACGCCCUUCACCAUGGGGCCACGUCAUAGCAGCUAGGAUCACUUCUGAGAACCCUGACGAAGGUUUCAAACCAUCCUCGGGUACCGUUCAAGAGCUGAACUUCCGUUCUUCCAAAAACGUCUGGGGCUAUUUCAGCGUGGCAGCUUCCGGUGGUCUGCAUGAGUUCGCAGACUCUCAGUUCGGCCAUUGUUUCUCAUGGGGCGAGACUAGAGAGCAGGCGAGAGAGAACUUGGUGAUAGCUCUAAAAGAGUUAAGCAUUAGGGGCGACUUCAGAACUACAGUUGAAUACUUGAUCACUCUACUGGAGACUGGUGCUUUCCAGGACAACAAUAUUGACACCAGUUGGUUGGACGCGCUUAUAGCUGAGAGGGUGCAAUCUGAGAAGCCCGACAUAAUGCUCGGUGUGGCAUGCGGUUCGAUCCUCAUAGCUGAUAGCAUCAUCACUGCCCACUUUCAAGAGUUCAAGAGCGCCUUGGAAAAGGGUCAAAUCCAAGGCUCGGGACAGUUAUCCAACUGCGUAGACGUCGAGUUAAUACACAGCGGACACAAAUACAAGGUUCAAGCGACGAAAUCUGGUCCGACCUCUUACUUUUUGAACAUGAAUGGCAGCUUCAAGGAGUUGGAAGUCCACAAACUUACGGACGGAGGCACUCUUCUAUCAGUAGACGGAGCUUCGUACACAACAUACUUGAAAGAAGAGGUAGACAAAUAUCGCAUAGUGAUCGGAAAUCAAACUGUAGUCUUUGAGAAGGAGAAAGACCCGUCUAAACUGAGAGCGCCAUCUGCCGGGAAACUGAUCAAUACUUUAGUGGAAGAUGGCGGCCAUGUUGAUAAGGGACAACCUUACGCUGAGAUCGAGGUGAUGAAAAUGGUGAUGACUCUAUCAGCGCCAGAAUCCGGUAAGGUGACGUGGAACUUGAGACCGGGGGCUGUACUCGAUGUUGGGUCUCUUAUGGGCACGCUUGAAUUGGAUGACCCCUCAUUAGUGACUACUGCGCAACCGUACAAAGGCCAAUUUCCGAUGGACGACGCUCAAGUCGUGUCUGAUAAGCUCAACCAUGCCCAUAAUAAGUAUAGGGCGAUAUUGGAGAAUACUUUGGCUGGUUAUUGCUUACCGGAGCCCUACAAUACGCCGAGACUUCGCGAAGUCGUCGAGAAGUUCAUGCAGAGCCUCCGAGAUCCUUCGCUACCUUUACUGGAACUACAAGAGGUCUUGUCAUCAACCUCUGGUCGCAUCCCCGUCGCAGUGGAGAAGAAAGUACGCAAAUUGAUGGGUUUAUACGAAAGGAACAUUACUUCAGUGCUAGCCCAGUUCCCGAGCCAGCAGAUAGCCAGCGUUAUAGACCACCACGCAGCCUCGCUUGCGAAGAGAUCCGACAGAGACGUGUUUUUCAUGAGCACCCAAGCCUUAGUCGUGUUGGUGCAAAGAUAUAGAAAUGGUAUACGCGGUCGUAUGAAGGCAGCAGUGCAUGACUUACUCAAACAAUACUACCAAGUGGAGAGUCACUUCCAACUGGGUUCUUACGACAAAAACGUGGUCGCACUCCGCGAUCGCUACAAAGACGACAUGCAAGCUGUAGCCAACGUCAUAUUCUCUCACAACCAAGUCGCCAAGAAGAAUCUACUGGUGACCCUCCUAAUAGACCACUUAUGGUCCAACGAGCCCGGUCUAACGGACGAAUUGGCAGCGACACUGAAUGAACUAACUUCACUGCAUAGAGCCGAGCAUAGCCGAGUAGCAUUGAGGGCUAGACAGGUGUUAAUAGCAGCCCAUCAACCCGCCUAUGAACUGCGUCACAACCAAAUGGAAUCCAUAUUCCUAUCAGCAGUCGACAUGUACGGACAUGACUUCCAUCCAGAGAACCUUCAGAAGCUUAUAUUGUCUGAGACUUCUAUAUUUGAUAUAUUGCACGACUUUUUCUACCAUACUAAUGCAGCGGUUUGCAACGCAGCUUUGGAAGUCUACGUACGCCGAGCGUAUACGUCGUACGAGAUACAAUGUUUGCAACACUUAGCUCUGUCUGGCGAAUUGGGUGUGGUGCAUUUCCAAUUCGUUUUACCCACUGGACAUCCUAACAGGAUUCCGAUCAGCCAAACGGAGAUCGAGUUAUCCGCCGCUGAGGAUCAAGAGGGCAUACCUGCGGAACUUUGUACAGCAGCAAUGAGAAAAUGUCACCACAGAACUGGUGCAUUAGCAGCCUUUGAUAGCUUCGAUCAAUUCGUUCAAUAUGCCGACGAAUUACUUGACUUAGUCCACGACUUUGCGAGUACAGCAACAGUAAGGAGGGAGGACCUUCAAGCCCUGCAAGAGGGUAGCGAAAGUCGUGAUAGCACCAGCAUCAAUGUGGGAAUGGACUAUAACAAGAUACCUGAUGGGGAAGAUCUGCCCUUGGAACCGAUUCAUAUUCUUAUGAUCGGAGUUCGAGAUACUGGCGAAAGUGACGACAGCGUUGUAGCGAGACGGUUCGGAAACUUCUGCCGUGCUCAUCGCCACGAGCUGCAUCAGAAACGGGUCAGGAGGAUCACUUUCAUGUCGCUAAUCAAACGUCAAUUCCCCAAAUUCUUCACGUACCGAGCUAGGAAUGACUUCAUCGAAGACACUAUAUAUCGACACCUGGAACCUGCCUCGGCCUUCCAGUUGGAAUUGUACAGAAUGAGGAGUUAUGAGUUAGAAGCACUGCCCACUAGCAAUCAGAAGAUGCACCUGUAUUUGGGGAAAGCUAAGGUGAAGAAAGGUCAAGAGGUGACAGAUUACAGAUUCUUCAUUCGUUCCAUCAUCAGGCACCAAGACCUCAUCACCAAGGAAGCCAGUUUUGAAUACCUGCAAAAUGAGGGUGAAAGGGUGUUGUUGGAAGCUAUGGACGAGUUGGAAGUGGCAUUUUCACAUCCUCUCGCCAAGAGAACGGAUUGCAACCACAUAUUCUUGAACUUCGGACCCACAGUCAUCAUGGACCCUGCUAAGAUCGAAGAAUCUGUGUUGGGUAUGGUGAGACGAUACGGCCCCAGAUUGUGGAAAUUGAGGGUUUUACAAGCAGAGAUCAGAUUCACACUCAGGACUGGACCGGGAGCGCCGACCAAAAGCGUCAGAUUGUGCUUGUCCAAUGGCUCUGGGUAUUCCCUGGACAUCUACACGUACGAAGAGGUGUCAGACCCUAGGAUCGGAGUGAUUAUGUUCCAAUCGUACGGCGCUAGACAAGGACCGAUGCACGGCCUUCCCAUUUCCACACCUUACGUCACCAAAGACUAUUUACAACAAAAGAGAUUUUUGGCGACAUCACAAGGUACGACUUACGUCUACGAUAUUCCUGACAUGUUCAGACAAGUCACUGAGAGGAGAUGGAGGGAGUGCAUUGAAGAAGGCACCAUUGACGGCCCAGUUCCGGACACGGUGAUGAUGUCCGUAGAAUUAGUGGUAGAACCGGACGGAGAGAGGAGAGUAGUGGAAGUUACUAGACUGCCCGGACAAAAUACCGUGGGUAUGGUUGCAUGGCGUCUUACCCUCUUCACCCCCGAGUGUCCUGACGGCAGGGAUAUUAUCCUGAUAGCCAACGACCUAACCCAUUAUAUGGGGUCUUUUGGACCCCAAGAAGAUUGGCUGUUUUACAAGGCUUCACAGUACGCGAGAGAAUUGAAGAUACCAAGACUAUACAUAAGUGUUAACUCCGGCGCUCGUAUUGGCGUAGCAGAAGAAGUUAAAUCCGAGUUCAACGUAGCCUGGGUCGAUGCCGAACGACCGGACAGAGGCUUCAAAUAUCUAUAUCUAACGCCCGAAGCUUAUUCCAAGCUUGGAGCAUUGGGAUCUGUGAAAACCCAGCUCAUUGAAGAUGAAGGGGAAUCGAGAUAUAAGAUCACGGAUAUUAUCGGCAAAGAAGAUGGCCUAGGCGUGGAAUGUCUGCGCGACGCCGGUCUUAUUGCAGGCGAGACUGCUCAGGCUUACGAAGACAUAGUCACUAUAUCUAUUGUCACUUGCAGAGCUAUCGGUAUCGGAUCAUACGUCGUCAGACUCGGCCACCGCGUGAUCCAAGUGGAAUCCUCCUACAUAAUCCUAACCGGCCACGCGGCGCUGAACAAAGUGCUAGGUCGUUCUGUGUACGCCAGCAACAAUCAGUUGGGCGGCACCUCCAUCAUGCAUCACAACGGUGUCAGCCACGCCACCGCCGCCGGAGACCUCGAUGCAGUCGCGCGCGCGCUAUCCUGGCUCGCUUUCGUGCCCAAGGAUAAAUUAAGCAUGGUGCCCAUAAUGCGGCCCGCAGACCCCAUAGACAGGCAGGUCGAAUGGGUUCCACCUCGGGCAGCCCACGACCCUCGUCUGAUGCUGACUGGAGACGGAGUUAGAGGCGGAUUCUUCGACCAUGGAUCUUUCGAUGAGAUCAUGAAGCCGUGGGCGCAAACUGUGAUCACUGGUCGAGCUCGUCUAGGCGGUGUUCCAGUCGGGGUGAUAGCUGUCGAAACUAGAACGGUGGAGAUCACUCUCCCCGCCGACCCCGCCAAUCUGGACUCGGAGGCUAAGACGAUACAGCAAGCGGGACAGGUAUGGUUCCCAGACUCCGCUUACAAGACCGCUCAGGCCAUCAACGAUUUCUCACGAGAGAAUCUUCCCAUCAUCAUAUUCGCCAAUUGGAGAGGCUUCAGCGGUGGACAGAAAGACAUGUACGAGCAGAUCCUGAAGUUCGGCGCGGAGAUAGUGCGCGCGUUACGCGGCGCCACGGCGCCUGUCAUCGUGUACAUCCCGCCCGGGGCCGAGCUCAGGGGGGGGGCCUGGGCGGUCGUCGACCCCUCCGUCAACUCGCUGAGGAUGGAGAUGUACGCGGACCCGGAGGCUAGGGGUGGUGUGUUAGAAGCGGAAGGCAUCGUUGAGGUUAAAUACAAGCAGCGAGACAUACUGAAGACCAUGCACAGGAUGGACCCUGAACUAUUGAGGCUGGGCGCUAGGAUAACAGAAAUCAAAGACCAAAUCAAGGAAAUAUCUAAGAAUCUCGACCGUCGUGGCUCCAUAGAUGAUGUACUCGUCAAAACGGAUGCCGGCAGGCAAGCUGAAAGUAAAGUGCGGGAACUAGAAACCGAAUUGCUGGCUGCCGAGAAAUCUGUCAAAGCUCGCGAGAAGGAAUUGAGCCCUAUCUACCACGAAAUAGCGGUGCAAUUCGCGGAACUGCACGACACGGCCGAGAGAAUGCUCGAGAAGGGGUGCAUAUUCGACAUAAUCCCGUGGCGGAACUCUCGCCGCCUCCUAUACUGGCGUAUACGAAGACUAUUACGUCAGAACUGGCAAGAGAAGAGAGUGCAGCAAUCCGGUGCAGCUCUGGACCAGGGUGCAGCUGCAGCAACUCUCAGAAGAUGGUUCACGGAAGACAGGGGAGAGCCGCACUCACACCAAUGGGAGCAUGACAACGAAGCCGUAUGCAAAUGGUUCGAAGCUCAAGUGGAAGAUGAAAACUCUGUGCUGGAGAGGAAUCUUAGAGCCAUCAAACAAGAUGCUGUAUUGCAGAGGGUCAACUCUUUGGUAUUGGAAUUAACGCCAGCACAACGAGCUGAAUUCAUUAGGAAUAUAACAAAUCUAGAAAUGGAGCAAUGAUUCUAAAUAAAUAAUUCAUUAGCAACAUUUAAAUUGUAGGGUUGCCAUGCUUACACCGUUUUCACGUGCAAAUUUUACUGCUAGCAACAUUUGCUAUUAGUAACUAAUUUAAAGAAUAACUUAGUCCAUUUUCGAAAGCUCAUUCGAUGUAUCCUCAUAAAAUGAGGUUUAUUUUAUGUUGUUUAAUUUAUAAAUAAAAUUAUUUAUUUUGUAAUCGAAAAAUAUUUACCCGACAUGAGUGUGGAAUGUAUAAAUUAUAUGCAUGUUUACAAAAUUUUUAAUAUAUGCGAAAAUUGGAUAUUUUUCAAAAAUAUUCAAUAACUAAUUUUAGUCAUAUUCUAGUUAGUUUGCGAAAAAAUACUAUAUUUUUUAUUUAUUUUUAUACUGAAAAAAAUCGUAGAUAUAUUUGGAAAUUAUAAUAUGAUAUAUUUAAUCGAUUUAUUGUUACAUUAUUGUAGUAUUUAUCUAUUUAUAAAUAACACUUAUAUACUUACAGAAAAUUGUUCAGUUACAUGCAUACUUCAGUCCUGUCGUCGGUGCGAUGCCGAAUCGACGUGUAUAAGCGCAAGUAGCGAAAAUAAGUGCAUUUUUGUAUAGAGUGCAAGUCGUAAGUGAUGGCGACUGUACUGGUCGUCAACGAGCUGCUUACAUUCAUUCAAAAUAAAAUAGAUAUACUUGACGAAUUGAGUAUCCUUCAAAUUUGUGUGUCAAAUUUCUCGGAAACUGAAAUAGACCAUGGAAAGACGGAGAUAUAUAAAAGUAUUCAGAAUGUGAAGAUACCACUAAGAAGAGGAGAGGAUAAGAAGAAAAAGGAUAUCAAGGAUAUAAUAAAAAUUAUCAAAGAAACUGACCCUUUGGACAUGCCUACGUUUGUGGCAAAAGAUUUAAAUCGAUUACCUCCGGUAUCGUUUGACCACGUUGACGUGACACGAUUAUUAAAAGAUAUCAAUAUACUUAAGACAGAAUUACAAAGCAUGAAAAGUGAAAAUGUAUCAAAAAAUGAACUCGCGCAAUUGGACCAAAAAAUAAGCACUGAGCUGGCGGGACUACGUAAAUCAAUAGAAAAACCAGAUACGUUCAUAAAUAAGAAAAACUUUAUUGUUGAAACUCCGUUAAGUGUUCGAAAUCGCUCGUCGCCUAUGCCAGUACCAGCCGAAGAUGAAACAGGUUCACCCGAACCGGUUCACACGCCGUCGUACCGUGAUAUCGUGUAUAGACCAACGGUGGGGAAACCGCAAUCGAUUAUGAACCGUGUGUCACAGCGAAUAGCCUCGUCGGAUAAUAGCAGCGUGACUUGCAAAGAGACUGAGCGGUGCGCUAAUAAUGUUGUAAAAAUCCCUACCGGUUGCAUACCGCCGCAAAUGACAAAUGAUAAUCUAAACGAUUUUACUACAGUGACGAAUAAGAAAAUCAAAAAACAUCGCAAUAUUCGUGGCACACUGCAAAACUCAACGAAAAUAUUAGUUAGUGAACCGAAUUUAGCGAUUUAUUUAUCCCGUACGCAAAAAAGCACCUCCGUACAAAACAUAAAGGAUCAUAUUCAGGAAAUGAAUGAAACCUGUUUGGAAGUAGAAUUACUGAAGCAGCAUAAUGACGUUAAUUUUAAUUCAUUUAAAAUCACAAUAAGUGCUCACCAACUUCCGAGAUUUUUGGAUAAAGAAUUUUGGCCAUCGGGAUUAGUGUUCCGUCGAUACCGUGAACGUGUGAUACCGCGAAAAUACAGUGAAUUAUAAAAACAAUAAUGGAUAACAACAAUACUAGUAUGUUAACAUUGGCCUCGUUCAACUGUAAAUCUAUUAAGAGGGCGGUAAAUCAUGUACGUGCAAUAUGUAGGGAGGCUGACAUUGUCGCUGUUCAAGAAACAUGGCUUUUACCCCAUGACUUGAAUAUGGUACAUGAAAUUGAUAGUAAUUAUGACUGUAUAGCAACGUCCGCGGUGGACACAGGAACGGGGGUGCUUAGGGGUCGACCGUACGGUGGACUGGCAUUGUUUUGGCGAAAAAACGUUUUUAAUAAUGUAUCUUUAAUUAACUGUAAGUCGGACAGGGUAUUGUGUGUUAAAGUUAGUGUAAAUUCUAAAAAAUUUUUAGUUUUCAAUGUUUAUAUGCCAUGUAAUGAUAUUGAGAACUUGACGGAAUUCACAAACUGCCUUUCAUGUAUAAGUGCAGUGAUUGACGAGCUCGAUAUUGAGGUCUGCUAUAUUAUGGGCGAUUUUAACGCACACCCUGGUACACUAUUUGGCCAGGAAAUGUUAUCGUUUUGCUCGGAAAUGAAAUGGCAGUGUGCAGAUUAUCUUAAACUGGGAAUAAAUUCGGACACGUUUACGUUUACUAGUGAACAAAACGGGAGUAACAGAUGGUUGGACCACUGUCUAACUACAGAGUCAGCGUUUGCCACCGUUGAUGAGGUGUGGGUAAAAAAUGACAUAACGUGGUCAGACCACUACCCAAUGAUGAUGCGACUCAAUAUCGGGUUAGUUUUAAGUAAAGUUCCUUUUAAUAACUGUGAUAAAAAUAAUAAAGAAAAUAGAAUUAUAUGGAAUAAAAGAAAUUUUAAUCAAAUUAAAUUGUAUAGAAAAAUAUGUUAUAGUAACUUAGUAAAAUUAAAAUAUUCUAGUCAUUGUUCGAACUGUAUAAAUAUAUCUUAUGAAAAAAAAUGCACAAAUAUAAUAUAUCAUUAUAGGGAUAUUGAUUCGAUGUAUAAUACUUUUAUAUCAAUUUUACAAAAAGCUGCAAUUUCAAGCUGUCAUUUUCAAAACGAUUCCAGAAAAAAGUGUCGUAAAGUGUUGGGAUGGAACUUUCACGUUAGUGAAAGUCAUAAAAUAGCUAGGCAAUAUUUUAAACAAUGGAUUGAACUAGGAAAACCGAGUAAUGGCAUUGACUACAAUAAUAUGACGCAAAGUAGAAAAUUAUUUAAAAACAAAUUAAAAUGGGCACAGAAUAAUGAAAAUAUAAUAAAAAUGAAUAUAUUGGCAAAUAGUAAAGCCUCAAACAACUUUGUUAAGUUUUGGAAUGGGGUGAAAGCGGCAAAAGGCAAAAAUGUUUUACCAGCCAGUAUAAAUAAUACCAAUGACAAGACGGACAUUGCAAACUUGUUUGCAAAACACUUUAGGGUCGAGCCUUUGGAUGUUGGGGAGAAUGGGGUACCACCAUAUACGAGAUAUAUUCCUACCCAGGGUCGACCAGUCAUAGUUACUCCUGAUGAGGUUUUCCGUAUAGUUCGUAGCAUGAAACACGGAAAAUCACCGGGACACGAUCGUCUGAGCAUAGAACAUAUCCUUAAUGCCAGCACGGAAGUUUUCAGGGUGAUAGCCGAUUUGUUUAAUAUGUGUAUUAAACAUACGUACCUUCCAGCUGAUCUAAUGAAAACUGUGGUGGUCCCUGUCCCCAAGAACAGAACAGGUGAUUUGUCCAGUCCUAAUAAUUACCGUCCGAUAUCGUUAUGUACAAUAGUUGGCAAGAUAUUUGAGAGGAUCUUGCAGCCCGAAUUGGUGAACAAUAUUAAACUAAAUGACGCACAGUUUGGUUUUCGUAGGGGUGUCUCAACUGAUUCUGCCAUAUUAGCGCUCAAGCACACUGUCAGUUAUUAUAACAAGAGAGAAACUACAGUCUAUGCGUGUUUUCUAGAUCUCAGCCGCGCUUUCGAUCUUGUUAAUUAUAAAUUACUCUGGCAUAAACUGACAGAGACCACGGUGUCACCCACGGUUGUGAACCUGUUGAGACACUGGUACGAAAACCAAACUAACAUUGUAAGAUGGGGCGACGCGACAUCUAAUAAGUUUAGAUUAGACUGCGGUGUUCGUCAAGGAGGACUGACGUCACCGGACCUUUUUAACCUGUAUGUCAAUGGAUUGAUCGAGAGACUCAGAGGAGCCAGGGUUGGCUGCCAUGUUGGUAACGUAUGUGUUAACAACCUGAGCUACGCCGACGAUAUGGUUCUUCUGAGUCCCUCGAUUAAUGGACUUCGAAAGCUUCUUUCAAUAUGUGAGUCCUAUGCUGGGGAACAUGGAUUGAAAUAUAAUGUGGCUAAAACAGAAGUCGUUAUUUUUCGGAACGGAAAAGGUCCGGUAAACGUUCCACCGGUGUGGCUGUAUGGUUCGCCAAUUCGGGUUGUAACGAGGUUCAGAUAUCUGGGUCAUAUAUUGAAUGGACAGCUCAACGAUGAGGACGACAUGGAGAGGGAGAGAAGGGCUCUUGCGGUGAGGUGCAAUAUGCUCGCAAGGCGGUUCGGCGGAUGUUCGAGAGACGUCAAGAUAAUGUUGUUUAAGGCGUACUGCCAAACGUUUUAUACAUGUCAUCUUUGGCUGAGAUAUACAAAACGUUUGUUUAAUGUGCUGCGAGUCCAAUAUAAUGACGCCUUUCGCAUCCUGCUCAAAAAACCGCGAUAUUGCAGUGCCAAGGAAAUGUUUGCUGAAGCAAAUGUUCCCGAUUUUUUCUGUAUCCUCAGAUCGCGGUCCGCUUCGUUCUGGGAGAGGCUCCGUGAAAGUGGGAACUCCAUUCUCCGCAACAUCCACGAUGACGUGGACAAUGUCUUCUUUAAACAUUGGAAUAAAUUACAUCGUUUUGGAAAUGACAGUCUGAAAUAAACAUUCAGCAAAUCCUAUGUUGUUUUUUAAGUAAUUUUAUAAUAUACACAGUUUUAUUUUUAAUUUUUAUUAUCAAUUUUGUCAUAUGGGUCUUUUGCCUGAAAUAAAGAAAUUAUUAUUAUUAUUAUUAUUAUUUAAAAUAAUCAUGCAUUUUUUUAUUGAAAUUUGUAAUUUAAUCUUCAUGUCUCCAAAAUCGGGUUUAAAAUCCCAAAUUCAAGUAUUUGUGCUCCUUACGAAAAGUGAAAAGCAGACAUUUUUCAAGUCAUGCAUAUAACCUGUCCUAAUUAUAUGUAUAUCGAUAAAUUAUAAAUAUUUUUAUCAUUCAUGUGAUUUUCGUUUCGUUGAUAUAAUAUUGGUUUUCAUUGUACCAUGAUAAUUUUGCAGUAACAUAAACUAAUCAAAGACUUGAUAAAAUCCUCUUUGAAUUAUGAUUAUAAUCUACAGAGAAUUUGAGGCUAUAAUUUUGAAUUGAAUCAUCAACUUUACUUAGCAUAAAAUAUUCAGUGGAUUUCAUAUAUUACAACCUUGCUUGUAGCGACCAUUUACCUAUAGCGACGUUAAAUCUAAGUACAAUGUCCCUUGAAUUAAAAGCAUACUUUAGUACAAAAUUCAUGUGGCUAUAGCGACUUCAGAUGUAACGCCGAGUUCGGGUGUAGCGACUGUUUUCAAUGAAUCAUUUGUAAGAAAUUCCGAGAAAUCCCUUGAGAUUUUGUGACCGGAGUCGGCCGCCAAAGACACAAAGAUAUCUUUCUUUCACAAACAUUUCUUAUAUUUUGUUUACAUCCACACAGAUGGCCAGCAAGUGUGGAGACCUUUUGUUUAUAGAUAUCAGCUAAGCAGGUAGGGAAUCGUGUACGUUAUAGAGUUAAAUUUAUGGUUCAGUUACGAAGUUAUAUUCUGAGUUGCAACUGGGGUUAGUAAAGUUUUGAAUAAGUAUGGCUGCUAGACGCACAUUCACUGUUGAAAAAAGUCGGAAAUCAUUUAUAAAUGAAUAUAACUAUACAAGUGUAAUGUGCCUGUAUCUCUUUACCUCUGUCUGUAACCACUUCCGGAUAUAACGACAAAAAUAGAGUGGUCCCUUCAACGUCGUUAUACCCGAAAUCCACUGUAGUUUCUUUUUGUGUGCAUCUAUAUAGAAGUCAUCAGUUUUAUAAAAUUGUUCACAUAAGGUUUAUAUGUAAAAUAUAAGACCGAGAAAUAAAUUAGGAUAACUAGUUUAGUCCAAGUACUGUUUAUAAUUAAAAACAAUUUUUACAUUCCAAAUCAUAUAAUUAAAAUACCCUUUGUUUUGUGAAUUUGAUUUAAGUAUGGUAUAUGUAUAAAAUUGUCACAGCUUUUAUAUAAUAUUAUUUAUUCAUAUAUAACUAACAAUACUCCCGGACACAUCUAUCGGCUUACUUAAGUUUCAACGGUCUAUAGCAAAAAUAUAUUUUAGGUUGACAAUGAUGUCGAUUCUGGCAUGAUUCUCUAAACCUAAACUUAAAUUUGACAACAGUGCAUCCUUGUCCUUCUCUAUACAGAAUGAAAAGGUGAGACUGACCUUUAAUUUAGUUUUAAGUUUAGAGAUGCACGCCAGAAUUGACACCAAUGAUAACAUAUUUAAAAAAAUAACGUGUGUGCUUAUGACCACACGACUGAAGUGAAACUUCUUUAGCUCCAUCUGUAUGUAUAUAUAUGUGUGUGUGUACAAUACAUACAUGUAUGUACAUAUACAUAUUUCAUUUAAUAGCUAUAAGAGAAAAAGAGAAAGAAAAUGUGUGCACGCACUGCUUUCUCUUGCUCAUUUCUCCCACUCAACUCCCGUUCGCCUCUCCCGAACACACUUUUCGUAACGCGUAACGCAUUCGCUUACCCCCCCCCCCCUCCCCCCCAGUCAAGCGUGCGUAAAGAAAUUUCACUUCAUCAAUCACGAAAUAAAUGGUUAAUAAAUCAGCAUCAAAAACUUUUCGCUCAAUGUAACCGUAUGUAGCUAGGGACCGUCAAGUUAAAACUAAAAAUGCUAUGUGGGCCUAUACAUGUGUCUGAAAGUAUAUAUGUACACUCGCGGAAAGACCCACUCUGUCACCCAUAAUGCCAUAAUUGCUUGCGGUAGCGGCGUAGUAAAAAUUCAUUCAUAGACAUGUAAUUAUCGCUGUCUUACUUUUUCGUAUAGCGCUGUCGCGAUCACGAUGCGGAUAACAAAUUGCAACUAAUACAAAUGCAAUUCAAUUCAUUAUUCAAUCCAUGAAAUGCUCUCUGUCUUACUUUUGUGCGGCGGCCCGGAUUGGCGCGUCCGACGCGAAGGCGGGGCGUAGUGAAAACUACUGUAGAAAACCGUUCAAAGCAUUUUGUUCGCCAAGUGACAGAGCGCAAAAUUCCGCGAUAGUACCUAAUGCCCAUGACAUACAUAUCUCAUUGUUGGUCGCAAUUCUAGAUUAUGUUGUAUAUUUUUAUGUUUUAGGAGAAAUAUACAUAAAUACUACCUGUGUAUUAAUACAAGACAAAUCAUUUUACCUGGCAUUCUUUCUAAAGCUUCGAAUAAUUGACCUUAUGAUAUAAUUCAGACAAUUGUAUAUUAAAUAUUGAUAUUGAAUGAAGUGAUAAAUAUACUUUAUCAACUUCAUAUACUUCAUUCAAAAUCAUCCAAAACUAUCCAGCAAUCACCUUUCUUUAAAUUCAAAUUCCGUCUUAAGUUGUCUUAUUGGCUAUACUGUAUAUCCUAUACAGAAUUCCUUUUUAAUCUCUGCAUUCUUUUACUAUAGAUGUUCCAAUUUAGACUUUGGGCGUUGGACAUAAAGUUGAAAAUAUACACCCAAGAAAAGUUCAAAAAUAAUUUACCCACUAUAAAAGAUUAGGUCACCAAAGCUUAGAUAUUCUCUCUUGAAUAUUGGUAAAUAACUAUAUUAGGACUCCCUGUUUCUGGUGAUAGGAAUGAUGUGGACAAUUCGAGGUCCGGUUGGUUCAAAUCGUGAACAAGUUACUAUAAUGAACAAAUAAGUAUGACACCUAUAGCGUGAAUUUUGCUCGAAUGCGUUUUUUUACUAUUUAGUACAAUAUUACAUUCCUUUCAAAUAUGUGUGGUUGUAUGUUUCUACUUUAUUAUUUUAGGUAAGGUCACGUAUUUAUAAAUAUUAUUAUAUAUAAGUAUUCUUGUAUUUAUUGUUUUAAUCGUCAUUUAAUCAAUAAAUUGGUACUCCCCUGAAAAACUGUAAUAACUGCAAAUUUUGCAGAAUUCAGACAUUUGUAUAUUCAAUAUUGAUAUUGAAUGAAGUGAUAAAUAUACUUUAUCAACUUCUUAAACUUCAUUCAAAAUCAAAUUAAAAAGACAAAACUAUCCAACUACCUAUCACCUUUCUUUGAAUUUAAAUUCCGUCUUAUGUUGUCUUAUUGGCUAUACUGCUAUACUAUAUAUUGGCAUAUUCUUUGCUUACUUUGUGUUCGCUAACAAACAAGCUUUUGAUAAUGUGUGUGAAAAAUUAAUGAACACUAUUGGUAUUGUGCGAUAGUUUUGUUCGUAUACAUCAUAGGAAUUUACUUUAAUAGUAAUCAUAAUUAUUGUGAGCCUUAUUGCUAUGUAAUAAGAGUGCUUUUAGCUUCGAAUUAUAUCCUUAUAUCCACCGAUGUGAUCUUGAAUGUGUACUUUAAUAAAUUUCUCGUGACCUUCACCUUAAAACGUUGUUAUUUCUAUUGAAUAGUUGUUAUUGAAAGUGUGAUAGUACAGUUGACAACACAUGAAGCUUAACAGACCUGCCAAUAUCCAAAUGGGCCUUACCAUUUAGAACAUAAGGUUUAAAAUCGUUUACAAAAUUUGACAGUUGCUGGUUGUGUUGUUGACCGUAUUGUACUGUUGUCGUUGUGUUACGUGAGGCACGUCUUUGUGAAACGGCCUAACCCUUUAAAUUAUUAGUUUUUUAAAUAUAUUUUUAAUGUCAAGUUUCGGGUUAAAUGGUGUACUCGUUGUGUUUAUCGCGAUUAUGAAAGUAAACCGAAUAAAAUUUGGUUUUAAUACUGUUAUUCUGUUUCUAAACCGUCUUACUUUUGCUUUGAGAAUCUUAGAUUACUAACUUAUUCAUAAAUUUCCUUUUUUAAAGUUUGUUACAAAAAUUGUUUAAACUCAACUUUUUUGUAUGAAUUUAUGCAAAAAUAAUGUGAACCAUUUACUUAACCUGCACAUUUGUAAAAACCAAGUGUUUCGCAUAAGUCGACCUAUUUUUUCCAUGCUACAAGAAGCAAGCUUAAAAUCCAACAAAAGAAUACUCUUCUGACCCAGCAGACUCAGCUCGAAUAGUCGGAUCGGUGUACGCGAAUUUUUUUGUAAAAAGUACAGUUAAUGGGUUUUGCAUCAAAGGGUACGAAUCUUGAGUUUUUACUGCCUUUUUAUUUUCAUGGUUGUGAAAAACACGGAUAUAUCAUCACUUAUAGGGUCGGAUAUUGAAUGCAUACAACUAGUUGUAGAAUUAUAAUUUUAAUAAAGAAAUAGAAUAUUUA